AUGCAGUCCAGCACGAGCAAAGACGACUGGACGGCAGCCUAUAUUCUUGUUCUCUUGAUCCCAAUCGGGUUCGUCGCCGCAGCAGUCUUCUGGUGCUUCUCCGCGCGUCGCCGCCGACAACUCGACGCACGACGGAACCAACACAGGGACGUUGAGGUCGCCGUCUCCGCCGCUGCCGCUACCCGAGACACACCCCUUCGUUUCCUCCCGAGAGAAGCUGCUGCUCACAGGGGACCCAAGCCAUCAUCACCACCACAUCCCACCAUACCCUCGAGGGCCCUCUUGUCCAACUCUGUCUCAAAGCGGAACCAGCACCACCUCCUCGCCACACACCAUCACAAGGCGGCGCACCGACUCCCCAACACCAACCUCCUCACCGCCCCCGACCCAGCUCUAGCAUCAAGAAGAAAGCACGGCUCGCGGAGGCACUACUGCAGUGGUCGAGAGGAAGAGGAAAAGAAGGAGCAGCGCCGCAACAACCAGCCAAGCACAACUCCACCGCAGCCAUCAUCAUCUUCUCCGUCCGAUUCGUUGGGGGAUGUCUCCUCCCCCGCGCUCCGGCACAGGCACGACGUCCCUGACUGCGAUCCGCGCCGGCGGAGGGAGCAUCACAAAAAGGUUGCGGCGCUGCGGAGGAUGACUGAGGUGCUGGAGGAGGCUUCGGAGGAAGGGUCGGUUUCCUCUGGGGGCUGGGGAAGACGGAAUGAUACAAGAGAGGUCAGACAAAACGAGUAG